UGAAGGCGGGAGCGUCUCAGUCCCUGCAGGGCCUCCUAAGCAUGGAGGACGUGGUGGCUAAGUAUGUCUCUCAGAAAGUCAGUAAGACCCGCUGGCGGCCCGUCUCUGCUACGGCCCUGCAGCCUCCCGAGGUCUUCGUUACCGGCUCGUGGGACAACGAGGAAAACACUGUUUCCAUUUGGUCUGUUGGAGAUUUUGAAGGCUUGGGCUCAAGCGGAGACUAUCACGGAGAGCCGCACCUGCUAUGUGAUAUCCAGCAUAGUGGUGACAUUACAGAUUUGCAGUUCUUGGAUCAGGAGAGAAUUGUGGCUGCUUCAUCCACUGGAAGUGUGACUAUAUUCAGGCAUCAUCAAAAUAAUGAGACUCUGUCUCUAAACCGUAAAUGGGAGAAGGCACAUUACUAUAAUCCAUCGUGUAGUAGAGCAUCAUGCACUGGAAUCAUCUGUAAUAGCCCUGAAAUCUUUACUGUUGGUGAAGAUGGCAAAAUAAAUUUGUUCACAGCUGACCGUAUGGAUGCUAUUCGUACAAUAGACAAUGCUGACAGCAGUACACUCCAUGCUGUGACAUGUGUUCGCACAACUGAGAUCCUGACAGUUAAUUCAAUUGGUCAGCUCAAAAUAUGGGAUUUCAGACAGCAAGGAAAUGAGCCAUCACAAAUAUUUUCAUUGUCUGGGGAGAGAAUUCCCCUACACUGUGUUGACAGACAUCCCAAUCAACAACACAUAGUAGCUGCAGGUGGCCAAGAUGGAGUGUUGACUAUUUGGGAUGUAAGGCAAGGAAGCAUACCAGCUUCCUUACUAAAGGCUCAUGAAGCAGAAGUGUGGGAAGUGCACUUCCAUCCUUCCAGGCCUGACCAUCUGUUCACUUGUUCAGAAGAUGGAUCUCUGUGGCACUGGGAUGCAUCCAUGGAUGUGUCUGGGAAAAAAUCUCUGCUGCAUACAGGUGGGAGAAGCAAUACAUUUCUGUCGCACAAUGCUAUUAACCAGUCUUUAAUAACCCCGUGGCUAAGCAACGAUCCUGCUAAAGACCGUAUAGAGACUACCAAUUUAAUUUCAAGUCCAACACUCUCUGUUAAUACUUUAGAUGUUUUAGGAUCAUGUCUUGUAUAUGGAACUGAUGCAGAAUCUAUUUAUGUUAAAAAGAACCUCUUUGCAUGACUUCUAUUCCACUAAAAUGACAAAAUACUGUAAUUGUGAUUCUAAUUUUUAAAUUUAGGGUCCAUAAUACUUCAGUAAAGCCGUAACAAAUUCUAGGGACAUGAUUUGGAAUACAAUACGGCUAUUACUUACAUUAAUCUUGAAGUCUCUAGCCAUUUGAACCUUCCAUAAAGUAAAGAAAUUGCCAUUUAAGUAUUGCACAACAGCGGUUCCUUUAUUUCUACUAGUGUUCACAAAUUGAAAGUAACUAUAUUGACAAUUGUUCAGUAAGCCAAUACAAGCAACAAUAAAGACUGUCAAGUUGUCAAGACUGGUAAAGAAAGAAUUGUGAAAUGUAUUUGACACCACCUUCAUGGGACACAGAUUUGCCUACUUUAGAUGACCACAGCUGUGCUAUGGAUCCUAUUUACACUGACACCUUGAUAGACAGAAUUUCACUUGGGAUUUCCUUAAAUGGGUCUCCAUUCAAAGUCUUAAUGAAAUAAGUUUCAAAAAAGUAUUUUUAAGGAUUGUAUUGUUAAUAUUUAGGUUAUAUUUCAUAUUGUUUUUAUUAAAGUGCCAUUAAAGGUUGAUUGUUUUGCCUUACUACAUUUUGAAAGUUAAUGCAACGUUACAGAUUCUGAACCAUGUAUUUACUGAAACACAAAAGUGCGGCUAAAGUUUUCUUUGCAGAGAAAAUACUAUAUAUACAUUAGCACAAGUCAUUGAAGGCUUUGUCCAGACGAGACCAUAUUCACAUGCAGGGACAGUUAGUGGGUGACGUUUGUAGGUGGGAUGGACCAGUACCAUUUUCUGGAACAGCGUGAUGCCGUGUGUGUUCACUGGACUUGCCCCACGAGCCAUAAGACUGAUGCCUGAGACUACACUCCUUUUAUUGCACUGCUAAGGUGGCAAAGGUGAAUGUUCUGCUUCCUGACUAUAUGCUUCUGCCUCAAGAAAGGAUUCUAACCCAGCAGAGUGUCAGUUGGUAGGCCUAGAACUUGAAAGCUGGAAAAUACCAAGUCUGUGUUUCCUUGAUUCUCUUUUGCGUACUUCGGGAUUAUCGUUUAUUAGCUGCUUCAGAAAUGGAGGAUACUGGCUUGCAUGUUCAACUGGUCUCUCUCGCUAAUUCCUGUGCUUGUGUUUUCCUAAUAAAAGGUGCAUUGUGUUG